GACGAAGAAAAUUUUGGCAUUUAUUGAACAUUAUUUCUUGUGUGAUCAGUUUAUUUUGACUUAGUUUUAAAUCUUGUUUUUGUUCAUUGAUGUAACUAGUUUAUUUCAAAUUUUCUGAGAUUCAAGGAAGUUCAGGAACUGAUUGAACAAUGGGUUCAGUUGAAAAACCUUGGCAAUAUAAUUUUCCUCCAUUCUUUACUAUCCAACCGAAUAUAGACACGCGUAAAAAACAGUUGGAAGCGUGGUGUCGCCUCGUUCUUGACAUUCAAAAACAGAAGAAAAGUCACAGUCUUGAUGUAAAUGAAGCUCAGAGUUCUAUUUUUAGCAACAAGGAGAUCAACCGAAAGUUGCCUUUAGAUGGAAUUUACAUGGUUCUGGAUGAGUUAUGUAAAAAGGGACAUUUGGAGUGGAAGGAUCCAAAGACGAGAAAGGAAUGUUUGAUCAUGUGGCGCACGCCUGAAGAAUGGGGUAAACUAAUAUACAAGUAUAUAUCCGACCGCAGCAUGACAAACACAGUCUGUACACUGUUUGAAUUGUCCAACGGAGAUGAUACAGAGGGCGAGGAAUUCCAUCAGUUAGAUGAUUGGUUGCUGAUACGGGCCCUUAAGACGUUAGAAGUUGACGGAAAAGCCGAACUUAUGGGCACUGACGGAGUCAAAUUCUUUUAACUUUUGGUACAGGCAACUUGGUUAAGGCCAAAUAUAGGCUGUUAUUUUGAAAGUUGAAUGUCUUCAUUUAUACAGACUGAUAUAUAAAUGUAUAUCAAACAUUGAGAAGUAACAGAUGAAAUGAAGAAAAUAAAAAGUAUAUGUUAGUAACUGUCUACUGGGAAUGUAAUUUAUUUUUUCACAAUUCUUAGCCACUUUUGACUUUUUUACUCCUUGAAAAUAGUGUUUUCAUUUGAUACUUAUGCAAAAAUACAUACAUGUCAAUUUUAAAGUGUACACAAAAGCAAAUACAAAUUUUACAAAUU